GCGGCGGUUCUGCUCCGUGCUUUUUGUUUUCCCCCGCUUGUGGAGGAAGCGGCUUCUGGGUGAAGUUCGUUUUAUCUUCCUGUCUGGGAAGCUGCGUAAAAAAUAAGUGUUGUCGGUAGCCAGCGGUGGUGUUAGAAGAGGUGUCUUCAGGCUCAGCUGCUCCAGGGGAGGGUCAGAGGCUUUAGCAGCAGAGCCCGAGGUUUAGCGUUUCCUUGCCUUAAUGUCUUGCGGCUUUCCUCUACUUGAGAAGAACAAGAAAUACCUGUGGUGACAGUAGUGCAGUGAUGGUAUGGACGAUUGCUUUGUUUUAAGGAUUUCCAGCAAUUUGAACAUACAAAAAUAUUGAAGGUUAACUUGUACUUGCCCCUCCUUGUGAUUAGCCUGCUGGCAGCCCUAUGCAAUGUGAGUGCUUGCUGUCGUGGGUCUGUGCUAAGUCACCAGCUACUUUUAUUGGAAGAAGCAGUAACUUUUUUUUUUUCCUGACUACUAGCUAGUACAAAACAAGUGUGGUAACAUGUAUCUAGAAAAUUUCAUAACUCAUUUCUGAGGUGUUCAGCUCCCUCAUUGUCUGCUUAUCAAUGUGAUUAAAAAGAGCUCCAAAGCAGAGAAGAAGCUCUCGGAAUAAGACAUGUCGUGGAUCAGAGAAGGCGAGCUGACCAUCAUAGAGAGAUUUUGCGCCAACGUUAUUAAGGCAGGUCCCAUGCCCAAGCAUGUUGCCUUCAUCAUGGACGGCAAUCGCCGUUAUGCCCAGAAGUGUCAUGUGGAGAGACAGCAGGGACAUUCACAAGGCUUUGAUAAACUGGCACAGACACUGCGGUGGUGUUUAAAUCUGGGUAUCCGGGAGGUCACUGUUUAUGCAUUUAGUAUUGAGAACUUUAAACGCUCCAAGGAGGAGGUGGAUGGACUAAUGGAUCUGGCAAGACAGAAAUUUAGCCGCCUAUUGGAAGAACAGGAGAACUUGAAGAAGCAUGGUGUGUGUAUCCGUGUCCUUGGGGAUCUGCCACUUCUGCCAUUGGAUAUUCAGGAACUGAUUGCCCAAGCUGUGCUGGCAACCAGGAACUACAACAAAUGCUUUCUAAAUGUCUGCUUUGCAUAUACAUCGAGACAUGAAAUCAGCAAUGCUGUGAGGGAGAUGGCCUGGGGGGUGGAACAAGGACUGCUUGAACCCAGCGAUGUGUCAGAAUCAUUGCUUGAUAAGUGUCUGUACACCAACAACUCCCCUGACCCAGAUCUCCUGAUACGAACCUCUGGAGAGGUCCGACUGAGUGACUUCCUACUCUGGCAGACAUCCCAUUCAUGCCUGGUGUUUCAGUCAGUGUUGUGGCCAGAGUAUUCCUUUUGGAACCUGUGUGAGGCUAUCCUUCGGUUCCAGAUGAACUACAGUGCCUUACAGAAGGCCAGAGAUUCCUACAUGGAGGAAAGGAGGCGACAACAGAUGGAAAGGGAUCAGGCUUAUGUGACAAAGAAGCUGCAGCAGGAGGGGUUUGCGUCUCAUGGAGACUCCCGGCGUCGACGGACACUGUUGCAGAAAUGCACCGCCAUGCGGGAGGAGAGAAUCCAGGGCUUCCUACAGGCACUAGAGCACAAGAGAGCGGACUUCUUUGAAAGAUUGUGUACAGUGUCUGCAUGACAUAGGUGCUGGGUGGUUCUUGGGAAGACAAGUUUAACCAUGGGAAAAAUAACAGCUGUUGCCCAGAGGAGUUGGUGUGGUUCUGCAGUGGGGAUGCAGGGCUGCUACAGGACUUUACAUCCCCAGUGGCACUACCCAUGUGCCAUGGGGGAUGUGCCAACCUUGCUUUCCUCAGUGGCAGUCACAGAACUAGAAAUGUCGUCUUUCUGUCUUGCCUCUGUGCCCCUGAUGAUAGAGAGAAAAUACAUGCACCCUACCUUUUCUCCACUGACUGGUACUUUACAGGCCUAGAUGUUUUGGGGACAAGUACCUUACUAGAAUGAGCUUCCAGUCUUGUUAGGCUGCUCAUGAAUUGGCUGAGGCAAAGCAAUUCAGCACUGUUAAAUCAGGCUGGACUUGAAUUUUUCUGUGACUUUGCAGUGGAGAAUCUUUUGGUAAGAUUUCCCUUGCUGUUUCCAUGAUGGUGUCCAACUUCCAUUCUAUAUGCAGAGGAUUAUUCCAGAAGGGAUCUAUGCCUAGCAGUGGCAGAGAUAUUCCCUGUUCCCUUACCCCUACCCGCACCCCACCCCGUGGCUGCUGGGUUUGAUAUAUCUGCUCUCAGCUUCCAAAGAACUAAAUGAAGGUGCUGUUAGCUUUACUGUAAAGAAGGUACAGAGCUUCACCUUGCUGUCAGGUCCUGUGAAAUGUAAGCAGUGGGGGCAAGGAGGGCCCAAAUGCACCAAAAUCAUAGUUGCUGAUGUUGGAAUGGACUAAACAUUUUUGGGGAAGGCUCCAAGGAGGCAAGAGAAAAGGAUUGGUAUGGAUCUAGGUUAAUGGCUUUAAGAGGAAAACAUGGUAGCUAAAACCAGCUGAUGGUUACAGCAUACCAGAUUUACGUGAGACCUGUCUAAAGAUAUGACUUACCAUCCUGUUCCCAGUGUAUUAGAGUAGGCUUAGUUCAGCAAUACAUUAGCCAAAACCAAUCUGUUCCAAAUCAAAAUGGUUUAAAAGUACUGUAUAGCCAAUUUGAAUGGAAGUGGUGGGAGUAUCUGGGAAGUGGUAUCUGUUCUCAAUUCUCUAUCAGCAGGGAGAUGGACUAGCUAAUCUCCAAGAUCAUUUCCGUCUCUAAUUUCUCCUGUUUCCGUCCCACAGGAAAAAAAAAUCAACAGAAAAUGUUGUCUUGCUUUUGUUUCUGCUGUACGUACAGGUGCAGCAGUUGCAGCCAUUGCUGUUUUUAAAGAGCUCCUUUUUACCUCCAGAUGAGAACUAGAAAAUGCAGAUUUAAAAGAUGAAGUGCUGCAAACUCAGCACACUGAAUAUGAUUGUGAAGAAGAUAAUUAAGUUGUCAAACUAUGAAUAAAGCAUUUUCAUACCAAACACUUUUAAAAUAGGCUGAGCAUUUAAAACUAUACACAGCUUCUUUUCUAAGUUUUAAUGAAGUUGGCAUCCAGGUCUAAUAUAAUGUUGUUUAACCUGUGACAGAAUCCUUAUCUAAUUCCCGUUAAAAUGGAAAGGAUUUCAAAGCUGUAUUCUUUUACAGUAUUGUCUGAGCAAUUUGCUGCUGUCCCAAGACUUGGCUGAAUGAAGCACUGUGCAAAUGCAUCCUUUUGCGUAAGUAGCUAACAGUAGCUUGGAUGAAAAUAUGCUGAGAUGAUGGAAGCUGUCAAUUUGAACUUAUUCUGUGGUAUUUUGUCUAUCUUUACAUUUUUAUUUUAAUUUUAUCUGUCUUUCUGUUUCAGAAAGUUGUCUAUAGAAAUAGUUCUCUCCAGUCUGUUUUGGUAGACAGAUAGGGAGAUUGUCUUCUCUCCAAGAAUGUAUAUUUGCCUCGAAAAGAGGUGGUGGGGGUGGAAAUCAGUAAAUUGGUUGUUUGAUAGUACAAUCAGUAGUAUAUUGGUGACUUUCUGCAAAGUAGUAGUACUGUUGCAGCUGUGGCAAAUGAAGGAUAAAAGUUGCACAAGGUUUGUCAGAAGUGUCAGCCUACAGGUUUGAUAUUUUCCAGCUGUAACAACUGCUCUUAUAAAAGGUAUCAGAACAAGUCCUUCAAGUGAUGGUGGAGGGAGCUCUGUGGUACCUGACAAAUUGUCCUAUUCCGCUUGCAUUAGUUAUUUGAAUAAAAUAGUGACUUUACCUGUAA